AUGAAUAGUAUUUGUAAUAAUAAUAAUAAUAAUAUGAAUAAUAAUAAUUUGGAAGUAGAUAGAUAUAGUGUAGAAUCAUUAUUAAAAGAUAAUAUUAGAUUAAAGGAGAUUAUUAAAGUCUACCAAUCAGAAAGAGACAACUAUUUCAAUGAAAGAGAGAAAAUGAAAAAGAAUUUGGAAAGAGCAAGAAAUAUUUUAUUGGAACAAAAGAAAACUAUUUCACAGUUACAAAAUCAAAAUCAACUAUUAGUAUCAAAUCAAAGUAGUAUUAAUAAUAAUAGUAGUAAUAUUCCAAUAAUAGAUAAAAAUAUUAAUAAUAAUGAGAAUAAUAAUAUUAAUAAAAAUGAUAGUGAUAAUGUAAUAUUAGAAAUAAAUGAUAAUAAUGAUAUCGUUGAAACACCUUCACCAAAUGUAAAGUUAUUUAGAACCAUGAUAAAGAGUUUGUCAUUGGAAACUAUAACACCACCAUUUACAUUUAUCUCAAAUUAUAUUGGAUCAUCACCGAAUGGCAAUUUUCAAUCUCCAUGUACAACACCAAACCAUCAACUUUCAAUUCCAAUCACUCCAAUUGUAAUCAGUAGUAAUUCAAGUUCAGCAAAUUCCACACCAAGACAACAUUACAAUAGUGAUCUUCAUAGUAGUAGCAAUAGUAUUUAUAGACAAGAUAAAGAUACAAUUUUAAUUACUCAAUUAAAAAGUAAAUUAAAGAAAAUCAAAGAAAAAAGAAAAAAAGACAAUCAAUACACCAAUAAAUUGGAGAAAGAGAUGGCAUCUUUGGAGGAAGUAAAUUAUUUCUAUAAACAAAAGGUUGAGUUGCUUGAAAAAAAGAUUAGUAGUAUCAAUUCAAUCAAUAAAAUUACAAGUCCAAGAGUUAAAUCUAAUAGUCCUUAUUUAAAGAGUCCAAAUCAUAGUAAUUUAACCAACAGCGCUAAAUUGAGAAGUACCAACAGAAGAAAUAGUGUUGGUGGAAGUUCAAAUUCAACACUUGAUAUUUUAUAUAGUUUAUUUCUUUUUAAUAAAAAUAAUAAUAUAUAUAGUGCAGAAGAUAAAAGCGACCGAUGUGCAGAGAGAUGUCCAACCAGUUGGAUAGGUGAUGGUUUUUGUGAUCGUGAAUGUAAUAUACAAGCUUGUCGGUAUGAUGGUGGUGAUUGUCCAGGAUCUGGUAUUAAUACAUAUUUCUGUAGUCCAAAAUGUAGAAAAAGUUGGAUUGGUGAUGGUGUUUGUGAUCUUGAAUGUAAUACAGCAGAUUGUACAUAUGAUAAUGGUGAUUGUUCAGAAAAUAGACCUGCAAAUUUUAAAAAACAAAAGAACAUGUGGAAAAUUAAUUAA